AUGGAAAUCUAAUUAUUGUGUUUAUAUUCCAAUCAUAAUAACUCCUAAAUUCUUGGACUCUGUCUAAAUGAAGACUGUUGCUCUCAAAGAGCCUACUGUAAAGAGUGCAUCGAAACACUGCACUUCAAUCAUUUAAAUGAUUUAUGCUCAUUAGAUUCAUUUGGCAAGAAAAUAUAAGAAGCUAGUUUAACUCUUGAUUCACUAUCAAAGCGCCUGGAAUAAGUAAAAAGUUAUAUAGAAUCAAUUACAAAAUGUUAGAAAUAAUUAUUCUCCUUCCUACAAUCAGAUUUCUAUAACCUAUCUCAUUAAAGAUUUAACCCUAUUAUUGAUCAAUUGAUUGCUAUCAAAAAAAUAGAUAAAGAAUUAAUACCUAUGUUGGGAAACAUAUGUAAGGACUUUUAACCUAUGAUGGCUAAAUUCUUAGAAAUUUAGGACUAUUAAAAUAAAUAAGAAUUCUGUAGAGUUCAAAGUCAAAUAGUAGAACCUCUAAAUAUUGUCUUUCAUAAUACUAUGGAUAGUAUCUAUGUUUUCGAUUAAGGAAAAAAAGCCAUGAAAUCAACUUUAGGAUAUCAGUUUGUAAUUUGUCAUCCUGUUAUACCUAAAUAAAAGAGAGUUUGUUUUACAUUCGAAAUACUCUCUGUUGGAUUAAGAACUGCUUUAGGAGUAUGUCAUAAAGAUAUCAAUAUCAAGAUUUAAUAAUUAAAAGAAGGACAUGGUUCUUAUAUAAUGGUCAAUUCAGGAAACUGUUUUGAAAGUUCCAAACCACAAGGCACCAAAACAACAUUUGAAUUUGAAAAAGGUUCUAAAAUACUUGUUGAAGUCAACACAAUACAAAAAAAGAUCAUUUGGAAAAAUUUGGAUAAUUUAAGUGAAUAUUCUGUCGCCAUAGAUACAUCUAAAGAUUUAUAUCCGUGUUUGAGAUUGGGUUGCAAAAGCCAAUAGGAAAGCUCCUCAGUUGGAAUAAUAGAUAAUUACAACUAUUUUUAAGCAAGUUGA